AGAAAAUCUGGUCGAUUUGCCCAUUCCACGGACAACCAACCGGAUAUCGGACGGGAUCCGGGUCUUUCACUGUUUCACGCCUUGGGCAAGAUUCUGUACGGAAAGCGACAGAAAUCGGAAUCUGCGGCCGUUCCGGACAGCAAAGCAUGCAAAUCAACAGUUCCUUCUCUACCACUCCACCUGACCAGCUGGAAGCGACCACCACUGACGUUCGAUCUUGAUGAUGUUCUGGAACAGUGUCAGAUGAGUGGGGAUCAGAUCAUGUCCUGGUUGCACGAAAACUUUCCGGAUUUCAUGCCUAACAUGUCGGCCAUCGAAUGGGUCUCACAACAUAUGAGCUGGGCAGAUUCUUGCUUGUCCGGUGGAAUGAACUGGCGCCUUGGUCUCACUCCGGCAGCCGAUUGGAAUACCAGUGAUACAGUUGCUGGUUCCAGUCGCCCAUUCUCGUGUGGGGCUAGUCGGCACUAUGGAGCACUGGUGGUUAUUCGCGCCCUCCUGCUCGCACACGAUAUGAUCGAGGAGGAGCAGUCCAGCUCCGGCUCACCGGAUUCACGGAACCAAUCUAAACGCGGGUUUCGUCCAUUGCGUGGUCCAUUUGUACAUGAUGCAUGGAAAUCCGCUCAACAGCGUCGAGAUGCAUUGAGCGAUCUCACGGACUGUUCCGUUCCACCGUUUGAUCAGUUGUGCGGAUUCACCCAAUUCCGAAUCGCGAAUCGUUGUCACUGGUUGUACGAUUUUCUUCCGCUUGUAAGCCGGAUCAAGCCGAUUCGAGAGCGCUUGGACAAAGAUCGUGUUGUCGGAGAGCUAAUCGAUUCGAUUUCGUUCUUCGGCCCAACAUCUGUUUCCGAUGAACGGCGCAUGCGUUCCGUGAUUGACCGGAAACCGGUUCAUACCGAUGAUUCAGACAGGAUUUGUCCUCUUGACGCGAUUUCCGAGGGAGAUGCCCUACCUAUUGAGGAAGAUGUGUCAGACGAAGAACGAAACGCGAAGUGA